AUGUUUGGUGUACCAUCGUUUGGUUCAACAUUUGGAGGUGGCUCAUCAGUGUUUGGUGGAGGAGUUGGUGCUACGACACAAAGUUCAGCAUUUGGAUCAACAAGUUCAGCACCUGCAUUUGGUACUCCUACAGCAUUUGGUCAACAGCAACAACAACAACAGCAACAAUCUAAUCCAGCUGGUAGUGUGUUUGGCUCGAGCUCACCUGCUACCUCUGGAGGCAGUGUGUUUGGAUCGUCUUCAGCUCCAGCAUUUGGUGGUGGCGGUGCAUUUGGUUCAACAUCAGCGUUUGGCACACCAAGUACAUCAAACCCAACGGGCAGCGCAUUUGGCUCGUCAACACCAGCAUCAGCCUUUGGCGCGACAUCAGCCUUUGGUGCAGUAAGCACAUCGAACCCAACAGGCAGUGCGUUUGGAGGCUUUGGAUCGACACCAGCAUUUGGAUCGACUACAUCAGCGUUUGGCACACCAAGCACAUCAAACCCAACAGGUAGCGCAUUUGGCUCGUCGACCCCAACAUCAGCCUUUGGCUCAACCAGCGCGUUUGGCUCGACAACACCUUCGACUGGCGCGUUUGGUGCGUCCAACCCAACAGGCAGUGCAUUUGGCUCAACAGCACCCUCAGCCUUUGGUGCGACCUCUGCAUUUGGUGCGUCUAACCCAACGGGCAGCGCAUUUGGCUCGACUGCAACACCAUCUGCCUUUGGCCAAACAACGACUACACCCUCAGGCUUUGGCGCGGCCUCUGCCUUUGGACAAACAACAACUACACCCUCGGGCUUUGGCUCGACCUCAGCAUUUGGCACACCAUCAAACCCAGCCAGUGCAUUUGGAUCAACGUCAUCAGUGUUUGGAUCAAACACAAACACAACAUCCUCACCCUUUGGACAACCAACAUCCACGCCAUCAACAGGCGGUGGCUUUGGCGGUGGCUUUGGAUCAAACCCCAUCACAUCAACACCAACAGGCACAUCAUCAGUGUUUGGAUCGACCUCAUCCAACCCAACAAGCGCAACAUCAGUAUUUGGAUCGAAUCCAAUCAACAUACCAGCAUCACAAACAUCAGCAUUUGGCUCAAACACAGCAGCAGCACAACCAUCAGCAUUUGGCGGCGGUGGCUUCGGCACGCCAACAACUACCAGCAGUCCUUUUGGACAGACUACACCAGUCACAGCACAACAAUCAAACUCCAGUGUAUUUGGUGUAACCAGUCUAGAGUCGCCAUCAACACCAUUCAAAGCAUCGACCAUCACCAGCACACCAACCACGCCCACAUCACUAGCCCCCGAGUCCUUCCCAUCGCCCUCCAGUCUAGACGUAUGGACUGCCGUUGCAUUUGAGAUUGGAUCAAUUCCAGAGUUCCCUCCAGUUGCCGCCUAA